CGGUGUCAUUGAAAAGCCGACUCCAUUUUGUGUGCGUGUCUUUUUCGCUGUGUUUUCAAGAGGCAACAAGCAGCAAGUCAAUCCCUCAGCAGAAGAAAAACACAGAAAGAUACACAUCCUACAGCCAGAAUGAGUGGAUGCCGCAUAUUUGUUGGCCGGUUGAACCCGUCUGCCAGAGAGAAGGACGUGGAGAGAUUCUUUAAAGGAUAUGGCCGCAUCCGAGACAUCGACCUCAAGAGGGGCUUUGGUUUUGUGGAGUUUGAUGAUCCCAGGGAUGCUGAGGAUGCUGUUUAUGAGCUGGACGGCAAGGAGCUCUGCAACGAGAGGGUAACCAUUGAGCACGCCCGUGUGCGCUUGCGUGGUGGGCGAGGACGCGGUGGUGACAGAGGAGGUGGCGGUGGUGGCGGCGGUGGUGGUGGUGGCGGCGGCGGUGGUGGAGGAGGGGGCGGCGGAGGGCGCUUCCCAGAUCGCUACGGCCGUGGCUCCCAGGAUAGUCGGAGUAGGAACCCUCCUCCGAUGCGUACGGAGAACCGUCUCAUCGUGGAGAACCUGUCAUCCCGCGUCAGCUGGCAGGACCUGAAGGAUUUCAUGAGACAGGCGGGGGAAGUCACGUUCGCAGACGCCCACCGCCCCAAGCUCAACGAAGGGGUGGUUGAGUUCGCUUCUUACAGCGAUCUGAAAAACGCUGUUGAGAAGCUGUCUGGCAAGGAGAUCAAUGGAAGGAAAAUCAAGCUGAUUGAGGCAGCUAAGAAGAGGGGAUCCAGGAGUCGUUCCCGCUCAGAGAGCUCCUCUCGUUCCCGUUCUCGUAACCGUUCCCCGUCCCGCUCCAGGACACCCCGUCGCUCCAGGUCCCACUCCCCCAAGAGGGACUACAACCGCUCUCGUUCUCGGUCCCACAGCGGCUCCCCGGCCCCCCGUGGUGGCGCAGGAGCUGCCCCCGGCUCCCCACCGCCCAGGGCCAAGGAGACCUCUUCCACCUCCUCCAAACGGCCCUCCAAGCCCAGCAAGUCUGUCUCCCCCCACUCCCCUCCCCCUGCACAGCGUGCACCUUCCAGGUCUCGUUCCAGGUCUAGGUCUCGUGGCUCUCGUUCCCCGUCCACAGACAGCCGCCACUGAGUAUUGAGAACAGGAAUAUACAUGUUUUGACAUGAACACACACACAUAGCUAAAGCUCACUCUCGCACACAGUACAUGAAUACACUCACAUUAAGACAAACAUGAGCACACACACCGUUUUAGUAAGCCUACAGGCCAGGGCCAGGAACUUUCACACCUAGCAGUACUGGCCUCCUGACCCUGUAUUAUUAACCCUUCUGUUUCCUCCCUACGGCACCCCCCUCUUCUGACAUGGCUGAUCUUUGACCUACUGCAGCAUCGUGUGUGUUCUCAGUAACAGCAUCAGUCUCUGAACACAAUGACGGUUUCAUUUUGAGCAUUUAUUCCUAAACCUUUUUGUUUUGUACUUGGUUUUGUUUCGGUCAGUAUUUUUACUUAGAAUGUUUUUGUCAUUCAAAGCUCAUGCGUGAUUGAUUUCCCCCCUCUCCCUGCUGUUGGUUGGCAGCUCUGAUAUCAUGAACUGUUGAGAAUUCAAGUCCUGUUGCAUGAUGGUAAUAAAUGUGAUUGGGUAAGGAUUUGGGUCGUACCAUUCUCAUCUCAGUGUAGGGGUGGUGUAAGGUUACUGUUUGGGGAUUUAUGUUUUAUGCUGUUAUUUUUGAUAGAAUGCCAUCUCUCUUUUUUUCUCUCUCUUUUUUGGUGUGUGGGCCUUUGUUGUGUUUGGCAGUAAAGAUGUUUUAUCCCCAGUGAAGACACCUCGUGAAAACGUUAUAAGUGCUGUUUUUAUUUCAACCCAUUUGUAUUGAAUGUUUAAAUGGAGUGGUGUUUCUGUUUAGCAUUAUAUUCCCUUAUACAACUUAUUGUGACGAGGUUAACACCUAGACAAUAGUUUGGAAAAUAAAACCUUUUGUACACUAAA